AUGUGGAGUGUUUUUGUUUUAGUAUACUUAUCGGUGUUUCGAGUAGACGCACAGAAGGGUCCAGGCGGUAGACCGUACGACAAUGGACACGGGUGGGACAUCCGGUACGCCGUGCCCGGGGAACCGGAGAAGGACUAUCCUACCCUCAGUGAGAUACCCAGGACGUCGUUCACAUGCUCGAAGAAAGAACCAGGAUACUACGCUGACGUGGAAACGGAUUGUCAGGUAUUCCGGAUAUGUACACUUGGGUCGACGUACGGAUUCCAAUCGUUCCUAUGUCCGAACGGAACACUCUUCAACCAAGCUGUAUUCGUAUGCGAUUGGUGGAUGAACGUCAAUUGCAAGAAGGCCCCAGAAUACUUCAACAGCAACGAGAAGCACAGCCAACUGAGAGUGGGGCCAGAACUUAUGACAGACGUCAAGAUGAUGCUGACUCAUCCAAUGAGAAACCCAUACGAUAAGACUGCAUUAAAUAAUAAGCUAGUAGUUUCCCAAGAAUAUAUUCCGCCCUAUAGAAUCGUUAACGCCAAUGACAAUAAUUAUAGAUUCAAUGAAAACGAAAGAAGCAUUGACAAUUUCUACUUACAACCCAAAUCAGCGAAUAUAAGACAAGAACAUACCUCUAACGAUUUGUCGUUUGCAGCGUCCACUGGCACUCCAUUUUAUUCCGCGAAUUCGAAUAACUUCCAACGAAACACACCUAGACAGUUUCAGAAUUACGCAACGUUCGAAACUAUUGUAGCACAUCCCACGUCAGCACAAGUCACAUAUUACAAUCAAAACGCUGAAAAACAAAGACUCCUUGCUCAAAAUCAACAAAAACUACAGCAACAGAAACAACAGUAUCUAAAUACAAACGAAUACAGAUUCUCUUCAGGUAACAACAACGAGUUACAAUAUUUAAGGAAGCCUAAUCAGAUACAAUCAGCAAAUUUAGUGAAACAGCCAACUUCAAAUAAUUUUCAAGUGCCGAAACGUGUGUUCGGAAAUAAAAUUCCGAAAGAAUAUUCUACAUCCAACAGAAAUGUUAUACAGAAUACAGUCACGAAGCAAAACAUUGAUUUGGUGUACUCAAUCAUAGCUGAUUCAAUUAAUUCAGCUAAACAAUACAGUAACAUCGCACUACAAGAAACAUCAUCGACGCAACCAACUACUACACAAGAACAAAAUAUUGACAACAAUGAAGUAGAGCAAUUUUCAGACAAAGUUACUCAACUGACUUCAUCCCAAUAUACACAAAACAACAACGGCAGAACAAAUCAACGACAACAACAACUCAGGUCUAAUGAACAAGUUUCAAUACAAAAUGACGAAAGUGGUAUUUUUAAUCAAAAAAAUAUUUUAAGUGGACAACUUUAUCAGCUCCCAGUGCCAGUCGUUACUAAGCAAAUAUACAACGCUCCGUUGAAAAAUGCGUGGACUCAGUCAAGGCAAAACCUCGUCGAAUCGAGAAACGGACAAAAAAGUAACUACUUUCUACAGCAAAUAAGGGCACCGCAAAAAACUGACAAUGAAAAUUUGGAACUCCAGUCCACUGGUAGAACUGACGACGAAGAAAAGACAUUAGACAACGCAUUUGAAUCUGAAUUCAUCAAACAUAUUAAAAACUCUAAUAAUCGUAUCGCAGCUCGCAUUCACGACAAAACAGUUGGAACAAUCAAUCACCCUUCAGAAGACAACAAAGCUGUAUCUUACAAUAAAGAUAAAACCUACUACGUUUACACACAGUUGAAGACCAACGAGAACCUCAACGCCAUACCUAUAAAACAAUCACCAUUACAUAAAGACGAAUUAAAUUUACAUCAUGUUACUCAUCUAUCUACCAAACUUAGAAAUGCCGAUUCAUACAAUAACAAUCAAAUUCGAAACAACUACGUUGCAGAACAAGAUAAUGUUGAUGAUUACAAUCAGAGAUCUAAAGCUAAGUUAGAAUCGACUUCUAAUGUCGAUUUUGAAGUUGAGCAUCGUGUAGCUGAGGCACCAAGAAAUAAUGAGCCAAAACUGAGUAGGUUAUACGAUGGUCCUUCCUCAUACACAGCUCCACAGAAUUCCAUAGGUAACUUGCAAAAUCAAAUUAGCCCAAAUUACAACUCCAGACUCGAAGACUUAGAAAACAACAAUAACAAUAUUGAUAACAACAACAAUUUCAAUGGCUACUCAAGAGAUAGGCCUUCAAAAAGAUUUUUGUUUUAA